AUGCCUGGCCCCGUAUGUGUGUCUGUGUGUACGCGCUGGACCUGUCCCCUGCUCUCUCUCGACCACCGAUCGACGAAGUGGACGAUGUUGCUGGCCGUUCUUCUGCUGUUGGCCAUCGCACUGUUCUUCCGGGAUAACGCUCCUUCUCGUCCUUAUUAUGUCAUUGUCAUCGGAUGCUGUGCCACCCUCGCCGUGCUGUUUCCCCCGCCCUUCUCCGAUUUCGUCAAAUACGCCAACGCCUUUCUGUCCAGUGCCUAUGUCAUUCGGGCCGUGGAGCUGUUACUGGUCUAUAAUCCAUCCCACCUGCAGCGCCUAGGCAGAGUGACCGAUGCUACAUAUGAUACCUCCUCUUCCCCUCCCCAAUACGUCUGGAACCCCUUCCUGUUCACACUGGGCUAUCGACGUCUCCGGUGGAUCGGGGACCUCCUCGUCAACCCGCGUGCCAUCGGUUGGAGCCAUGGUCCCGCCAGAUACCGGCCGCCAGAAGACCAGUCCUCCUCCCACGCGGCUUUUACCACCCGGCAAAUUUAUCGCUUACUCGUUGGGUACUUGAUCUUAGAUACUUACCAGGCCGUCUUCGGAAGGAAUUUCCCCGUGGUUAGUGAUAUCCUGGCAACAGUCGUCCACCGACUCUUGAGGAUCUCGAUCUCUCCCCCUGUCCGACAAAGACUAGUUCAGAAGUAUAUCUUCGGUCCUGCCUGUGGGUUGACGUCGUAUGCCUUUGUGGAUGGCAUCCAUGCAGCGUUCAGUCUGCUCGGUGUCAGCCUUCCCAGCGUCAUAUCCCCUGGUCUGGGUGCGGAACCAUGGAUGUAUCCCCAAUUGUUUGGUUCAGUGCGCUAUCUGUUCACAUUCAGGCUACGAGAAAUAUGGGGCAAGAUGUGGCAUGACCUUUGUCGACGCCCUUUUCUCGCCAUUUCCCUAUCGGUCAUCCCCAAGUCCGCCCCAGUGAAGUUCAAGCGACUCAUUGUCCUAUAUACCUCGUUCAUCCUGUCGGGCGUGAUCCACGCCUCCGGUGCAUACGCCGUAUCUCAGAAUCUCCAUGCUGCCGUCAUGACGAUGGUCUUUUUCCUCGUCCUGCCGACCUGUAUAUCCUUGCAGCAGGCGGUUUCCGGCGAGAUUCUCCCGCGCUUACUCCCCCGGAAUGCCCUCUCGCGAGUCGUCGUCGGGAUUCUGGAUGUUGCGUUUCUCUGGUUCUGGGCGACCCUCACCUGCCCCUGGUUUAUUGAGUACAGCAUGCUACCGCAGGCUAUGGCUUCGAUUCCAAUUCCCUUCAGUCUUUGGGGGUGGCUCGGUCGAUGCUCUUUCGUAGCUGGAUUUGCGCCGUGA